GUUUUACAAAUUCUCACCCCCAAAUGAAUUUAGUCCCCCAAAUUGAUACAUAAUUUAAAGUAGAUGAGGGUACAUUUUCCGCAUUAAGUCUUCACUUUCCCAAGUAACUUCAUUUUGGGAGUGAUGUUGCUAAAGUUCUUCACCAUUGUAAUAGUCUUGUUCUUGAGUAUUGGGUCUUGCUCUUCCAACAUGGCCACUAGCACUUCUUCGUAAGUGAAGUUUUCUUUAAUUGGGAGUUUCUUGUAGUGCAGCACAUUCGAUAGGCCCGGUUGGUAUUUGCAUAACAUAGAAACUUGGAAUUAUGCACUUUUGUUAAUUCAUGUGGUAGUGUUAGCUGGUACAUAGAGAACCUCAUCCUAGCUAAAAUUUUAAAAAGUCCAAUGAAGCAAGGGCUCAACUUUUCUUUCUUUCCAAAUCUCAUGAUGCCCUUAAGCAGUGAUACUUUCAAAAAUACAUGAUCACCAACUUUGAGUUCCAAAUCUAUUUUGCAGUUGUCUACAUAACUCUUUUGUUUGCCUUGAACUGUCUUGAGAUUCUUCUUGAUUAAAGCAACUCUAGCAUUGGUUUCUUUGACCAAUUAUGGUCCAAUCAAUCUCCAAUCUCUAAAAUUUUCCCAACAUACUGGAGAUCUAUAAGGUUUUCCAUACCAAUACUAGAUUAAAAGCUACUAUUAUAAGCAAACUCUAUGAAUGGCAUGUGAUAAUCCUAAUUUCCUCCCAUCUUUAAGACAUAAGCUCGAAAAAGAUCUUCCAAAGUCUGGAUGGUUCUUUUAGAUUGUUAAUUCAUUUGAGGGUGAAAUAUUUAACAGUGUAGUGACUAGAAUUUGCUAGAGACUUUUCCAAAAUCUGGAAGUAAAUCAAGAGUCUCAAUAUGAGAUAACUUAUAUAGGAAUGCCAUGGAGUCUAAAUACCUCCUUAAUCUACAACUUGGCAAGCUUAUCAAGUGGAUCUGUAGUCUUCAUAAGCAGGAAAUGUGCUGAUUUGUUAUACUAUCUAUAAUAACCCAUAUGGCAUCAUGGUUUGACCUGGUUAUAGGUAAUCUCAUUAUAAAAUCUGUAGUCAUAUGCUCCCAUUUAUAUUACGGGAUAGGUAAGGGUUGAAGCAAACCAUUUGGUUUCUAGUGUUCAACCUUAAUUCUCUAACAUUUGCUAACAAAUUUAUGUAUUUCUUCAAUCUUAUCCACUAGAACUAGUAUGUCAAAUUCUGAUACAUUUUUAUGCUACUCAGAUGAAAAAUUAUUCUGAAAUUGUGUGCCUCUUCUAAAAUGAGUUUAUUCAUAUUCUUAUCAUGGAGAAUACACAAUCUACCUUUAAAUUUGAGUAAGCCAUCAUUAUGAACCCUGAAGUUAGCCUUUAAACCUUAUUCUGUUUCUUUCCUCAAAGUUUGUAUCACAUAGUUGGCCAUUUGAGCAUCUUUAAUUUUUUUAACCACUGCAAGUUGAAUUUUUAGGUUGGCCACAUACACACCCUGUCUCUGAGUUCCCUACUAAAGUUCUUAAAUAUCUUCCAAGUUUUUUCAUUUAGAGACCAUUACUUUUUUCAUCAUGCAGAAAUUUUUCCUAUUCAUGGCGUUGGCGACUACUUUUUCCUUACCUGGAUUAUAGGAGAUGUUACAAUCAUAAUCCUUUAGGAGAUCCAUCCUAUUUUGUUGGUGCAUAUAUAGUUCUUUAUGGUUAAAGAGGUAUUUAAGACUCUUAUGCUAUGUGAAAAUCUCAAAUUUUCUUGAUACAGAUAAUGACGCCAAAGCUCGAGGGCAAACACAUUAGCAGGGAAUUCUAAGUCAUGGUUCGGAUAAUUAUGCUCAUAGUUCUUCAGUUUCUUUAAUCCAUAAGCAAUGACCUUGCUAUUAUGCUUCAAAACACAUCUCAAAUCCAAUUUUGAAGCAUUAGUAUGUACUGCAUAACCCCUAGAACCAGUAAGUAGAGUCAACACUGGAGCAGUGACAAGUUAGUUCUUAAGUUCUUUAAAAUUGUCUUUUACAAUCAUCAGUCCAUUCAAAUUUAACAUUUUUUCUAGUAAGCUUAGUAAAAAGGGCUGCAAUUUUUGAAAACUCCUUAAUGGACUUAUGGUAAUAACCUAUCAAUCUUAGGAAAUGGUGAAUCUCUAAAAUAGUGGUGGGUCGUUUCCAGUUCACUAUGGUUUUAAUUUUGGAAGAUUCCACUAUUAUCCUAAUUUUAAGGACCACAUGACCAAGGAAGAAGAUUCGCGCGAGCCAGAAUUCACACUUGCUCAGUUUCUCUCUUAUGAGGAUCCCUAAUACACAUCUCAAAUGUUCAACAUGUUCAUACUUACUCAUGGAAUAAAUCAUGAUGUUGUUGAUAAACAUGAUGAUGAAUUUGACUAGAUAGGGCCUGAAAACUUGGUUCAUGAGAUCCAUAAAUAUCGUUGGUGCAUUAGUUAGUUCAAAGAUGAGACUUGGAAUUCAUAGUAGCCAUACCUUAUUUUGAAUGCAGUUUUUGGAAUAUCUUCUGCUUUGAUCUUAAUUUGAUGAUAGUCGGACCUUAGGUCAAUUUUAGAAAACAUGCUAACACCUUGUAAUUGAUUAAAAAGAUCAUCAAAUCUCGGUAAAGGAUACUUGUUUUUGACAGUAACUUAGUUGAGUUCUCUGUAGUCAGUAUAUAACCGUUGAGUCUCAUCCUUCUUUUUCACAAACAACAUGUUGGAACCCUAUAAUUGGUCAAAGAGAUCAACAAUUCUCGGUAAAGAAUAUUUAUUCUUGACGGUAACUUAGCUGGAGUCAAUACAUAACCAUUGAGUCUCAUCCUUCUUUUUUGCAAACAAGACAGGUGCACACCAAGGAGAAAUACUAGGGAAAAUAAAUCAUUUCUCCAAGAGUUCUUGCAAUUAUUUCUAUAGUUCCUCUAAAUCAGUUUUUCCCAUUCCAUACGGGGUGAUAGAAAUGGGCUGAGUGUCAAGCAAAAGAUCAAUAGAGAAUUUAAUCUCACAAUCUGAUGGUAACCCUGGUAGGUCUUCAAGAAAAACAUCAUGAAAUUUUCAAACCAUUGGUAUCUCCUAUAGAGUAAUCACUUUGUGAUUCUUUCCUAUCACAUUAGUUUUACAAAUGUUACUUUGGUUAUUUGAUUCAAUUUAUUAUAUUGUUUAAAUAUGGAAUAUCAUAUAUUAUUAUUUACAAAAAUAAAUUUAGGAAGUAAGAGGUUCUUCAAUAGGAAUUUUGAAUACAACCUUCAUUAAGCUCUUAGUUUAUACACCCAACUUUGAGAAUUAAUAAAAUAAAGCUUUGAUCUUUUUUUUAAAUUAACUUAGUGCUAAUUUUUCUUCUUCAUGUUAUUUGAAGUUAAGGAGCUUUCUGAAGUUUUGUUGAGCCGAAGAGUUGGGAUCGACUUAUUGGGCUGCACAAGGUGACAUAUCUUUUGUUGUUACAAGUAGAGUUGGAGGAAAGACAAAAGAUGGAGAAAAAUGACAGACACUUUGUGUUGGUUCAUGGACCAUGUCAUGGAGCAUGGUGUUGGUAUAAGGUGGCGAGCCUAUUAAAAGAAGCAGGCUACAAAGUUACAACCCUAGACAUGGCUGGUUCUGGAGUUCACCCAAAGCAACUGCAUGAGAUUCAUACUAUUUCCGACUACAUCGACCCGUUGAUGCAGUUCAUGGCCUCAAUUUUACCAGAAGAGAAGGUGGUUCUUGUUGGUCAUAGUACUGGUGGGGUUUGCAUAUCAGCUGCCAUGGAAAUGUUCUCAUACAAAAUCUCUGUUGCUGUCUUUGUCAAUGCUAUAAUACCUAGUUUUGACCUAAGCUUAACUACAAUAAUGGAAGAGUGCUUUCGAAGAGUGGAUGAUCAUAUGGACAUACAAUACAUGUUUGAUGAUGGGAACAAUAAGCCUCCUACAAGCAUGCUAUUUGGGCCCAAUUUCUUAUCUUCUAAGCUCUACCAGCACUCCCCUCCAGAGUACUUGUUGCUGGCAACAACAUUGAUGAGACCUUCGCGUCUGUUUUUUGAUCCAAUACUUACAAGCAGUGCAGUAGUCACAAAGAAGAAAUUUGGAUCAGUUCACAGAGUUCACAUCAUUUGUGAAAACGAUAAGGUGCUAAAAGAAGACUUUCAAAGGUGGAUGAUUGAGAAAAAUCCAAUGGAUGAAGUAAUGUCGAUCAUUGGCUCUGAUCACAUGGUUAUGUUUUCUAAACCUGAAGAACUAUGUUCUUGUCUCAAACAUAUUUCAGAUAAGUAUUCUUAAUGUAUUGCAUUCUCUUGAAGAUAUUAAGUUGGAAGAAAAAAGAAAAAAUUCAAGAAUGUUUGUUUCAUGCAUGAUAUAUUGAAGGUGUUUAUUUGAAGAUUUAUGGAUUUUUAUGUAAAAUAUAAAGACAAUUAAAUAAAGAGUGGAAUUAGUGAA